AUGUACAAGUUGUGCGACAGCUUCGCUUAUCAAAUUCACAUUGACGGGCUAUUCAAUGGGGACCCUCAUCCUGGGAAUAUAUUGGUCUCCGUCAAUCCUGUAACGAAAGAGGCGAAACCUGUCAUUCUUGACUGGGGGCUUGUGAAGGAGUUUGACUCAAAAGGGCAAACAGCCUUCUCGAAACUUGUGUACUCCGUUGCGUCAAUGGAUGUGAUGGGCCUUAUGGAGGCUUUUGAGCACAUGGGCUUCAUGUUUAAGGAGCGAAAAGGGGCCGUAGUAGACCCAGAGAUCUACAUGGAGGCACUGCGAGUGGCGUUCAGGCAAGGAGAAGUGGAGAAAAACGAGACUGAGGCUCUUCACAAGGCGGCGGGCGAGACGGUCCAAGCUGCUGUCAAGGCCGGAAUAACUCGCAAGAAGAUCCAAGAGGCAAAUCCCCUUGAGGACUGGCCGAAAGAUAUUAUAUUUUUUGUGCGCGUCGCUUCGCUUCUACAUGGCCUCUGUGUUCAGCUGAACGUGCACAUUCCCUUCUUGCAGAUAAUGGUUCGCCGGGCGCAGGAAUGUCUGUUUAAUCGCUAUCAGCCGCCGAGCCCUCUUAUAUACACUCACUUUCUGGGAGGCAGAGGAGCUGCCAAGUGUUCUCUCCACCAGCGGCUAAAUCGGCUGCUACGGAGCCUCGUGGAACGGAAGUUGGUCCUUGGGUGCCAAGUGGCAGUUUGUUUUGAAGGGGAAAUGAUAAUCGAUGCAGCCAUUGGCCAGAUGGGACCUGUAGAUACUCGCCCGGUUACCCCAGACUCCCUGUUUUGCGGUUACUGUACAGCGAAAGGGCUUUUAAGUACGGCAUUGCUACAACUAGUGAAUAGUGGGGAGCUGGAGCUUGACGAUGCGGUGUCGAGUUGGUGGGACGGCUUCAUUCGUUAUGGAAAGCGGGCCAUAACAGUACAGCAGUUGCUCACCCACCGCGCAGGCCUUCACCGCGCACUACCUGCAGAUCUUACCCUCUCUCGACUUGCGGACUACAGCGAGAUGGUCCGCAUAGUGGAAGACGCCCCACCUGCGAGCCCACCUGGAGCAUGGGGAAGAUACGCGUACCUAACUUACGGGUGGGCGGUCAGUGAGUUGGUGCGCUGUGUUUCGGGAAUGUCCAUAGACGCGUUUAUACAGGAGCGCAUGCUAGAGCCCCUAGGACUUGAAGGGGAGAUCUUCAUCAGAGUGCCGAAAGAAUCCGAUCAAUCAAUUUCUGCCGAUCGAGCAUCACAGACAGCGACAGGUGUAAUAGGAGAUAGUACGACUACAAAACCCACCGGUGUGCCCGGCAACCCUAAUGUGAAACAAACAAGCACUGAUAGCUUGCGGAUGGUUUCUAGCAGUCAACAGGCUCUGCACGUAGCUUCUAGUUUGGAGCUUCAACACUCUUCCUUCUCAAACGAGAGGGCUGUAUCCCCUUUAGCUGAGAGGCUGGCUGCAGCAGCAAUCUCCGGAAAGAAUAUCGCUGUUGCAAGUUCGGGCCGGUCAAAGACGUUGGAGUCGUUGAGUUCCUCGGACAAAGCACCAACGACAACCUAUGCAUGCAACCGCGCAGAUGGAGGAUCUCAACAGUACUCGUUGAGCGACCGAAGCUCUUCGUUUUUGCUUCCUGGCCCUCAGAUUUCGCGUAAAGAUGGCCAUGACAAUGCUGCCUACCACGGGGAAGCUCGGGGACGGGGUAGUACAGAGUGUUGCCACACCAGCAACACCACAUCUCGUAGUCCACAGCUUGUUUUGACCCCAAAGAGGGAGAUGUUCUCGUCUGAUAGAAAUAACAGCAGAGAUCGAUCCGCCGUUAGCCCUUCGCCGGAACGCAGAGUGGCGCCGGGCGACCCGUCGGCGUCUCGGCGGCCCCUUGAAGCAGAUGACGGGGCAUCUGACCGCAGCAGGUGUAGCAGCAGCAGCAGCAGGUGCAGCGCCCCCCUACAUGGGAGUGCAGAGAGUGCGGAGAAGGGUCAGCUGUCUGCUUUUCCGAAGGAAGUCGAGAUAGUGACGGCCGACACCCCGUUGCUGUGGAGGCUUACCUCCGCUCGCAGAAAGAUCUCCUUCAACCCCAUGACCCAACAAGAAGUGCUGCAGCGCCUCAAACAAACUCAGGGUAAGUUGGAGGGAGCGAAAGAGCAGGCUGAUGGAGCGCUGUCCAGCGAAGGUGACAGUAAAACUAGACGUCACAUCGCCUCGGCCAUGAGACGCCGCCGACGACGACUGAAGAACAUGAAAGGCAACUCAGGCCCCCUCGAGCACAUGCAGGAAGUGCAAAUUUGCAACACGCGCAGUGCAGCGAGCCUGCCGGAUGUGUUUUUGCGCACAAGAGCAGUGCGGCCGAUGGAGGAUUACCGCCAGAAAUCUGAGGAAGAGGCGGUACUCUCUCAAAGCGACGCGUUCACCGAGGGGUUGAGGACCCCUGACUCGGACUCGGACAGCCCAGUUAUAGCACCAACACCCCCUGGGGCAGCUCCGCGAGUUUCAGUGCUUGAGCUGAUACGAACGAAGCCGCACGUGAUGGACCCUCUCAUAUACGACAGCCACCGCAUUGUGCACCAGCUGAUUCCUCCCAGCAACUGCCGCUGCACCGCGAGAGCCCUUGCUCGAUUUUACGCGGCCCUAGGUGAAGGCCAAAUUAUAAGCAAGCCUCUCCUGGACGCUGCCCGCAUUGCCCAUACUGUCGACCCCACCCUGGAGGCUCUUCUACUGACGGGGGGAGGCAGCAGAACUUGGGGGUUAGGUUACCAGCUGUACGAGUGCGCAUACUUGUCGCCUCCUGGCUGGGGAGGGGUCAGGCCUGGGCAGGGUGCCCACACGGGCGCAGCUUUUCUGCACAGCCGUAUAUCGAGUGCGGGCGACUUCGUUCCACGGCGAAGGAGGCGCUCGCGAGACAACAGCGUCUUCGGUAGCACGGGAGGAGGCAGCUGCCCUAUUCCGCAUUCGGAUGCAGAAGCCCUUCUGCGUGAUAGAGGCCUCUCUUCCUCACAUCCAUGGGGAGCGACUCUGGGACUCAAGCCUCGAGGAGUCGUUGGUCUUGGUCACGGAGACGUUGGAGGGUCUGUCGCCAUUUGCUUCCCAGAAUUGAAUUUGUCCGUCAGUAUACUUCUUAAUGAUGUGCUCACCGGACCAGAGGCGUCGCAGAUCAUCCUCGAGUUCCUUCUUAGGUGUUUUGGCCUGCAGCCCAAGUGGCAGACACAAGUCAGCAUCAACGAAGUGCUGGAAAAUUUGACGCCGCCACCAACGCAGUCGCAGUAA